UAUAAGUUGUAUGACAAUGCAUGUUUAGCAAUGUCGACGACAACUACUCCAUCUGUCAGAUAUUUUUUUAUCAUCCUAUCCAUACUAGUUUCUACUACAUAUUCCGACGCACUAUCAUCACCAUUUCACGGCGAAGCAACAAAAACAUUCAUCGUGCAUGUUUCUAAACUAGAAAAACCGUCGGUUUUUCCUUCUCACCAUGAUUGGUAUACCUCAACUCUUCAAUCUCUUCCUGCACAUCUAUCUCCAUCUCAUCCGCGCGAAAGUAUCAUUUACACAUAUAACAAUGUUUUGAAUGGUUUCGCUGCCAGACUCACCCCAUCUCAAGCAUCACAUCUUCGUCUUCAACCAGGAUUCCUUGCAAUCCUCCCUCAAGAAAUUCACCAACUCCAUACUACUCGAACUCCUCAUUUUCUUGGCCUUAAUGAUGAUUCUGGUCUUUGGCCUGUCUCAGGAUAUGCUGAUGACAUCAUUAUUGGGGUUCUUGAUACCGGAAUUUGGCCGGAAAGUCAGAGUUUCAAUGACUCAAGUAUAACUAAUCCUGUACCAGAGAGAUGGAAGGGUACUUGUGAGUAUGCCCCUGAUUUUCCCACUACGUCCUGCAACAACAAGAUAAUCGGCGCUCGAUUUUAUUACAAAGGCGUUGAAGCACAAACUGGACGAAAGAUCAGCGAGACCAGAGACUCGAAAUCACCAAGAGAUAUGGAUGGACAUGGUACACAUACGGCAUCUACUGCAGCUGGAUCUGUAGUUAAAAAUGCUGGAUUGUUUGAAUACAGUGUUGGAGAAGCAAAAGGAAUGGCUACCAAGGCAAGAAUUGCUGCUUACAAGAUAUGCUGGAGUAUUGGUUGUGGCAGUGCAGAUAUUCUUGCUGCAAUGGAUCAAGCUGUGGCAGAUGGAGUUGAUGUGAUUUCUCUUUCGGUUGGUUCCAAUGUCCCCGGGCAACGUCCGUAUGAUCAAAAUUCAAUUUCCAUAGGGACAUUUGGUGCUGCGGUGAAAGGAGUUCUAGUUAGUGCCGCUGCGGGAAAUUCAGGUCCUGGUCCUUUGACGGUUUCUAAUGCUGCGCCAUGGAUAUUUACUGUUGGAGCAUCUACUAUUGACAGAGAGUUUCCCUGUAAUGUGAUUUUAGGCGAUGGGAGGGUUUUUAGUGGCGUGUCAUUAUAUUCUGGCAGGCCACUUGAGAAAUCCAACACAGAAUUAGUUUUUGCUGGUGAUAUUGGUAGCAGACUUUGCAUACAAGGGAGAUUAAAUUCCACUGCAGCCGCUGGAAAGAUUGUUCUCUGUGCUGGUAGAAUUAAUACAGUUGCUAAAGGAAAUGCAGUCAAAAUCGCUGGUGGUGUUGGAGUGAUUCUUGCAAAUUCAAUGGUCGAAGGAGAAGAAUUGGAUGCUAUAUCACAUAUAAUUCCAGGAACGAUGGUGACUCUAAAGGACGCUGAUGAGAUAGCGGAGUAUAUUGCAACACAACAAAAUCCUACAGCGUCUUUGGAUUUCAAAGGAACAGUUAUUGGUUCCACUCCUUCAGCUCCUAAAAUUGCUGCAUUCUCUAGCCGUGGCCCUAAUCUUAUAACACCCCAAAUUCUUAAACCGGAUGUUAUUGCACCAGGUGUUAAUAUUUUGGCUGCUUGGACCGGUGCUGUCGGUCCAACAGGUCUUGAAGCCGAUAAAAGACGCGUGGAGUUCAACAUAAUAUCUGGUACCUCUAUGUCAUGCCCUCAUGUGAGCGGAUUGGCUGCACUGCUACGAAAUGCUUAUCCUCAAUGGUCUCCAGCUGCAAUUAAAUCUGCUCUUAUGACUACUGCCUAUAAUUUAGAUAACGCAGGUAAAACAUUUACUGAUCUGUCAACAGGAAGAGAUUCAACACCGUUCCUACAUGGUGCUGGACACGUUGACCCCAACAAAGCCUUAAACCCUGGUUUAGUAUACGACAUCCAGCCAAUUGAUUAUGAGGCAUUCCUUUGCUCUAUUGGGUAUAACCAGACACAAAUUUCUCUUUUCAUCCAUGAUAAGACAGUCGAUUGUGGGUCACAGACGUCAGUUACUCGUCCUGGAGAUUUAAAUUACCCAUCAUUCUCUGUGGUUUUUGAACCACCAUAUGAUUCAGUUUCCAAGCACAAGAGAGUGGUUACAAAUGUUGGAAAGUCAGUAGAUGCAAUCUACAGAGUCAAGGUUAACAGUCCAUCAUCGGCUGAUAUCAGAGUUUCCCCGAGCAUACUUAUGUUCACCAUGAGUAACCAAAGUUUGUCUUAUGAAAUUACAUUCACAAGCUUGAGAAAGGAUGACAGAAACUCAAUUGAGUACGCGUCAAUUGAAUGGACCGACAGUGUACACGUUGUGCGGAGUCCCAUUGCUUUAAUCUGGCUUCCUAGCGAGUGAUGCUUGUACUACUACUAUUUCCUAGAAUAAAACCAGGUCCAGUAUUUCUUCUGUGACUUGAAUUCCGCCAUGUAUUGCUACUUGAUUUUGUAGAUCGAAAGGUCUUGUGUCGUGGAAUGUGUGCAUAUCCAUAUAUGUGUAAUCUUCAAAGGUAUUCACUGUUUCAACCGACCAAAAGCUCCGUUUCUAGUGCUUGAUUUC